GUUGAUUUUUCUGAAGUAAGUUCAACAUCUGAGGACACUUAUCAGGUUCCAAGUUCUUCAAGCAAAGAUAUAUGUACAGACUUGUAUGAGGAAGGUAUGCCAAAGUCAGAAUCUAAAGUUCCAGUUGUAAAUAAUGAUGACAAUACUGAUGAGAAACCUAAGAAGGGAUUGUUACUUCUUGGGGAAUAUACAGACAAUGGAAAAAAUACUGAAGAAGAUGUUGUAAAUUCAAGUGGAGUUAGAUCCAAAGAAACUGCAGUGGAUAAGUCAAGUCAAGAGACUACCAAAGCUCAAUGUGGCAGCAUUGCAGAGGUUGUCACAUCAAGUGAAACUCCCAGCAAGGAUGAAGCUUGUAGCAUUGGGUUUGCCAAUGAUGUCCUUUUUUUUUAUGACAAAACAUCAUUCAUAGGAGAGAACAAAGGUGCCUUGGAUGUUAAAGCUUUGGUAACUGACAGUCUUGCAAAAAGUGAGAAAGCAAAGGAGGAUGGUCAAAUUUCUGCUUCAGAUUCUAGUGACAGUGAGAGGUCCUCUGACAGCAAGAAGGACUCCAAGAAAUCUAAGAAAGAUAAAAGCAAAAAAAAGGAUAAGAAGAAAAAGAAAAAGAAACAUAAGAAACAGAAGCAAGAGCUUGAAAGACAAGGGCCACCUGAUAACAGAGAUGUUGAUGAAAAGAAAGAAAAGGACCAAAACAGACCCCAAGGUAAAGGAAGAAGCAGGAGUAGGAGUCGUAGUAGAAGCAAACUUGAAAGCCACACUAAAAGCUCAGAAAAAUCUGCGAACCCAAAGCCCCCGAAGCACUCCAGAAGUAGAAGUAGAGAGAGAUUUUCAAGGCAUCAUCAUCACAGCAGGAGUAGAUCACAUGAAAAAGAUAGAAAGUUAAAGCAUUGUAGUGAGAGAUCAAAAAGAUCCAGAAGCCGUUCAUCUAGCAAAAGACAUUCACCAACAAAGAGAAAUAGACUCUCCAAACAUCAGUCAUCCAGGGGUAGAUCCUGGAAUAGAGGUAACUCACCAUCAGUGAAGAGGAAUGAGAGGCACCGCUCAACUUCCAAGACAAGAUCAUCCAAAAGAGACUAUCCCUCAUCUAGAAAAAGGAAUUUAUCACAAAGCCCAUCACCUCAUAAGCACAGAGAUAAUAGAAAAAGCAGAUCACCAGAAAGACAUUCCUGUUCUUCAGAAAGAAAAGGUGCUCCUCCUGUAAAGAACAGAAGGUCCCACAGCAAUAAAAAUAAUUCAGUUCCUAGACAAUCAAGAUCUCCAAAUAAAAGGGAACAUAAAAGCAGAUCUUCACCAUCAAGAAAGCUGUCCCACCGCACAUCUUCAGCAUCAGACAGCCUUGACUCAGGACACUUUACGAACAUUCCAUUGACUCUGCCAAACAAACAAGAAGAUCAAGUUACUGGCAGAAAAGAAUCAGUAGAAAAGAUGCCAGGAGUAGAACUUGCAAUGGAGGCUAGUGUUGUAUUAAAAUCUGAAGUAGAUAUAGAGAAGCAAGUGUCUCCUUCAGACAGUCCACUGAAAGUAUGGGAGGAUGAAUUUGAUUUUGUGUUCACAGAGCGGCUGUCAGCCAAAGAUGGAACUGAAAAGACAGUGGAAGAUGUUCUUUUUGGAAAAGAAAUAAUAGAUCCAAAGACUCCUGACUCCCUCAAAAGUAAAGCUACCAAAGAGAGCUUCAAAAGUAACGACAGCAGAGCAUCCCUUGCCAAGGAAGUUAAAAAAACCAAAGAGGAACCACAAACUAAGGAAAAGGAAGAGUCAGAAAAGAAAAAAAGUCAGCAAUGUAAAGAACCCAGUUCAAAAUCCAAGCAAGAAAAUUCUAAGGUUAAAGAUGCUAAGAAAGUUCCAAAUGCAUCUAAGUUAAAGGAUAGCAUUGGUGAAGUGAAACCAGUUAAAAGCAAUUGUGUAAAAACAUGUAACACCAAUGGUGUCCAAAAGACUACUGAUGAUAGUACUGUACAUCAGAGUGCAGAGGAGUCUGGGAAAUCAGCCUUUAUGCCUUCAAAGUUUGAAUCUAUACCCUUCUUAGGGGAUACUCCACCUGGUGCCAUCUCAGAAAACAGAGAACUUCAACUCCCAAUAAUCCCAGCUCCAGGAGGUAGGGGUCUCCUACCCAUUCCUUCAUUUCCUGCCCACCCCUGGAUACAAUUGAAUAGUAUAGUGCAUGGUGUUGGUCUCAACAAACCUAAGGGUUCUCAAAGUCUUUUACCUAAACCUGGGACACUUCCAAAUAUUCCUGCCAAAGAUGGUAACAUUGACAAAAUAAGGAAAAACUUAAGUUCCAGUCCUAUGGACAUGGAGAUGUCAUCACCAGAAGGGGAUAUCAUUGACAAACUUAAUGAAGAAUUUUGGAGACAGCAGGAACAGCAAAAUCAAGACAAUGCAAAGAAUAUGGAUCAUGAGGGAAUAGAACUAGUGUCUGUAGACUCUAUUAGGAAUGACCAGUAUUCAGUUGAUGAACCUUAUGAGCCUGAAACUGGUGUUUUGAUCAGUGACGAAUUUGAAGAGGAUUUGGAUAGCAUAACUGAUCCUAAUGAGAGGAAAAAACUAGAGAAAAAGCAGCAGAAGGAGAAAACUAAAGUACAGGAACUGAUAGACAGGCUCCAUCGCCAGGCCAGAGUGGAAGAAGAAGUGAAACAUGUUCUCAAAGCAUACUACAAACACAAGGAUAUUAGCAAGGAACAGUAUAAGAGUAUUCUCAGAAGAGCUGUUCCACAGAUAACAAGCUCUAGCAGUGCUAUUGACCCAGAGAGAAUCAGAUCAUUUGUGAAGAAGUGCGUAGUGAAGAUGAAGAAAAAGCAUCGUGAUUCUUAGUUUUCUAGGUGCUCAAACAAUUGUUUUAUUACUGCAGAAGCUUGUUUAUUGGCUAUUUAAACAGGCAUCAUAUUGUGCAAUAUUUUCCCCACCAAAGCAGUUAGUUGCUUUUUAAGAUGGCUAUUCAGAAUAUCAAGGGACUUAUGUCACAUUACUUUGGAUGAUUCCCAGCCUCAAAGAAUAAACUUUGAAAAUAAUCAUUUUAAAAAAUGAUUGUAUUGUGUGAAGACAAACCCUUUGAUCUUUUAUACCCUAACACCAAUAUCCAUCUUCUCCAUGCUCUUUUUUAUGUACUGAGAAGGAGAAUUUGUUUGACGAUCAAAGCUUCCUAGGUUGGCAAUCAUUUCCUUCAUUCUCAUGAUCCUAAAGAGUGAUUCAGCAGUAUUACACUAAGAAGAGAGAAGAUGCUGGUCACUCUUAAGGUUUUAGGGGAUAAGAAGUUAAAUUAUAUUAAAAAAGGAAAGGAUGGAAAAAAAAUUACCAUGAACUACACAUGGAAUACUCGUUAAUUCAGACUCAGUUUUUCAAGAUGAUCACAAUUUUUUUAUCUUUUGUGAAUCAGUUACAUUCAUACAAAUAAACAGAAGAAUAAGCUCCUUUUAAUGAUCUGUCUCAAUGAUAGCCAUAUUGUUUUGUAACGUGUAAUAGUUGCCUCUAGAUUCAACCACUAGGGCUACAUUAUAGCACAUUGUGUUGGUGGUGGUUUUGCUAAGGUUGUCCUUCUUAACUAAUGAUUGUUCGUUAAAAGUUGUGCCUGUGAGAUGUGGAUGUUUUUUUCAAAUCUCAAUUUCAUCAAGUUGAUUGUAUUGCAGUUCUAAUAUUGAAUAAAUCAUGGCAAUUUCAAUACAAAUG